UCUGUUCAGAGGGAGGCUCAAGCGCACAUCACUUGAGUUGUCAUGAAGAUGGAGCUGCUGAUUGUAUUGGCAUUCUGCUGCGCUGUGGCAUCGGCGGCGGAUAACUGCUUCAACACAGGUGCUGGACAACAGUGCGAGAAGAAAGUUGACGCUAUGGAAGAAGAUGCUAAGCAAGCUCUCGGCUCCACUUUGGUCGCUUGCCUGAGGGAAGUGAAAGCAGACAUUAAAGACGUAGAUCAGCUGAAGGAGGCCGUCUGCUCCAACCACAACCUCAAGAAACAAUUCUUGGAUUGCUUCAGGGAAGAUCUGAACAGUGCACUCUUGGAAAACACCAUCUUCAGCCACGAGAGCCGUGCAAAGGGAGAAGAUGCUUUGAAAUGCUACCAGGAAGCCCUCAGAUAGACGAUUCGUCACAAGACCAUGACGGCUGUCCAGACUUCGAGAUACUUUCUUUUAUCGACAUGUAGCGCACUUUGUAAUUGAUUUCACGUGGGAAGGUAUAAUAAAUGGUUUUAUGAU